AAAGAUUCUGCACCUAUCAAUCUUUCAGAUCGUCUAAACCAAGUGCUUCGAUGGGCUUUAGGUUCUGUUGAGGUUCUUUUUAGCCGACAUUGUCCUAUCUGGUAUGGUUAUGGUGGAAGACUAAAGUGGUUUGAAAGGCUUGCAAAUAUUUACACCACAUUUUAUCCACUCAUUGUCAUUCCCCUCAUGUACCGUAAAUUGCUAGUUUGUCUUCUCACUAACAAGUUCAUCAUUCCAUAGAUUAGCAACAUAGCAAGUGUAUGGUUUAUCAACAUUGCCAAAUUUUUCUUGGAGAUGCGAUGGAGCGGUGUUGGAAUCGACGAGUGGUGGAGAAACGAACAGUUUUGGGUGAUCGAUGGUGUGUUAGCGCACCUUUUUGCCGUGUUCCAAGACCAGCUAAAAGUAGUUUUCAGAAUCGACACAAACUUUACCUUCACCUUGAAAGCAUCAGAUGAAAACGGAGGCUCUGCAGAACUCUACUUGUUCAAAUGGACAACACUUCUCAAUCCUCCAAAGACACUACUCAUAAUAAAUUUGGUAGAAGUUAUUGCUUGUAUAUCUUAUGCCAUCAAUAAUGGUUACCAAUCAUUGGGUCUACUCUUUGGUAAACUCUUCUUUGUAUUUUGGGUCAUCAUUCGUCUCUACCCUUUCCUUAAAGGUCCUACCGAGUAUCAUUCAUCUCCAAAAAAAAAUCAAUCAUCUUAUGGGAAAUGUCCCUAA